ACGUGAUGAACGAGAUGUUAUAUAGUUGCCUCUGACCUUCAUCUGCAUCGCGCCUUCCGCGCUAAUUGUCGUCGCGCGGAUCGUCCUCCACCUAGCUUGCGUCGACUUGAUGUUCCUCUCUGGCGAGACAUUGCUCUCGGCGAUCGAAACACUAUCCCCCUCCCAGCGCCAAGCAAUAAAGAAAGCGUCUCCGACCUCCUCCUUUCCACAAAUGAAAAUAUUGUCAAACGAUGCAAGCUCACCCCGAUAGAGGUCGUUGACCUGAUAGACGCCGUCUGCCGCGACUACGUUCCCGAGAUCGCGCCCCUCAGCCAAGUUAGGGAGCGCGCUGGGGUCUUUACAACGGGAGACGACCAAUUGGACGUUGCCUUGGGAGGCGGCAUUCGUACUGGGAUGCUCUGGGAAAUCGUGGGUGAGAGCGCAGCUGGCAAAACGCAAGUUGGACUCCAACUAUCUCUGAGCAUUCAGCUACCUGGCGAGAGGCGCGGCCUCGAUGGCUCAUGCUGCUACAUCAAGACUUCGGCUCAGCUGCCCACUGGGCGUCUCCAUCAGAUACUGCAAGAGCAUCCGGUACUGUCCUCUGCCAACUGCACCCUAGACGACGUGCACACGAUGUCCGUACCCACUAUACCUGGACUGCUCCACGUCUUGGCUACGACGCUCCCGGCGUUCAUGCAGGAACUUGGCGCAAGCCGCAGCAAAAAGCCCGUCAAGCUGCUGGUCAUCGACGCCCUAGGCGAACUCUUCCAUGUCUCCGAAAGGACUACGUCCCACACGUUGGUAGAGCGAGCCAGACAUCUGACUGAGAUCUCAGCCAAGUUGCAUGCCAUCGCUUCUGCCCAUGGAGUCGCCGUCGUUGUGCUCAACGAAGUCAUUGAAGCCAUAGAUCGUCCCGCUACUGCUCGCCUGUCAACAAACUUGGCAGACUUGCUCUACAGCGAGCAGGCCCGCUUCUUCGGACGCGCAGAGACGACACCUGGAGAGAAUCGGAAGGAAGCUAGUCUUGGGCUUGUGUGGGCCAACCAAGUGAACGCUCGCAUCAUGUUGACUCGGACGAAUAGACGUCGCGCCGUCGACAACAUUGCACCUCGCAAACGUACACGGACAUCUUCCGGGGUCAAUGCUCCUUCGGACGACACCGAAGAUGUGUUCCAUCGCAUACGACGUUUAACAGUCAUCUUCAGCUCUGUCGGCAGUCCUAAAUCUUUGGAUUAUAUCAUAACCUCCGAGGGACUGGUCACUCUUCCGGGAAUAGAUGAGCCUUUGGGGACUCCUGCCGAUUCUCGCAUCGUGCCUUCACGUAGGGUGCCUACCUCUGACACGGCAGAUACAAGGCUAAGCGUGGCGUCCCCAGAUGGCAUCGUUCCGCUGGACAUUGGAUACGCCAGAAAUACAGAGGAAACGGUGGCAGAAGACGAGUCCUUCGCUGAAGGAGAGGAUGCCGAAGAUGAUCAUCUGUGGGCGUCUACCGCAGAAGGGAUGCCAGACGACCUGUACGAAUUGUUGGACAUUCCAUAACGACUAGCUACUUGAGAGUAGAUUAACCUAAUGGUAAUUCUGGGUCCAGCGGGC